AAGUGAGCUGGCAAGCGUGUUGGGAAUUUCGCCCUCAGUUUGAUGGCAUCGAGCUAGUUAGCUAUAAUGUUUUCUAGAAGCUCCGUACCGGGAGGAAACCCUUCAAGCCGUCGGCAGUCUCUUCGACCACCCAGUCCAGGAUCAGACGGAUCUUCAGUACCGUUGGCGCAGUCUCGGAGGGGCUCUAAAGUGUUAUUUGAUACCAAGACGCCACCGUCUAUUCUAAGAUGGGAGAUUCUUAACCGCGUCCUAGCGCUCUCCGUGAAAGGAGAUUGGCCUGCAGUGGAUCAGCACCUAAAUAAUCUGGAACGAAACAACAUGGAAAUAUCAUCAACAGAAAUCGAAGUAAAGAUGGAUAUAUUGAUUCAGAGUGUAACAAAGCAGCAUAAUACUAACCGAAUCAGAUUAAUGAAACAUCAAUUGAAACUCCGACUCAAAAAUGCCUAUUCAUCAUCUCAAUAUUGAGGCAGUGUUUUUUUUCUUAACAAAAAUUUACCUCUUAUUUCUCUGUCGUUUUUCCUUAAAUUUUUUAUACUUAAUAGUUUUUAAACAAGAAAUCUCAAGAGUCUUCAUUCUAAACCAACUGACCGCCAUAGAACUUAGAACGGAGGCAUUCUUUUUAUAAUCAUCUUUUACAAUUGGUCUGGAUUUCUGAGAUUGGAAAGAUAUCAUUUUCGCGGCAUAAUCAUUUAUCCUGGGAAGUCGCUUUAUGUGAAUAGAAACUCGUUUAAAUUCAUUUAUACAGGAUAAAUACGUUGCCGUGAGACAACGUUGUCUAGAUCGUAGAAUUUAGGCAGCAUUAAAUAUGUUUGCAUCUAGCUAAAGUUGUUACAUUCAGAGUGGUCCAUGCUGCUGAAACUGUUUCCUGGUGCAUUAAACUUACAUUUUAAGAGAAUUAAUAUACUUCUUGGGUCUAAGCUUCGAAAAGUAUAUAUUUUUUGCUCCCAACGAAACAAUGAUUAGAGAGCUCAAGCAGUUUAUUGACGUGCCAAAUUCGUGAAUUGAUAGGUUUUUAUCGCAGCCAGUCUUAGAAGACAGAAGCUAGUCGCUUUAAAUAUUUCUUCGUUUGGGGCUACUGUUUGGCUCACAGUCGUGCUUACUAAAAACAGAUUUACUGAUUCAACAAGGCACAUUUUCUAUGUGGUCAAUUUCUUAUAAACGUUUCUGUAGUUUUGUUCUUUAGACUCUCGGCCAACAAAAAAAAAAAAGGCAAAUGCCUUUUUUAAUUUAGUUAACUGGCGGCCUUUAAAAGAGUCUCCAUGGACAACAGAAUCGGCUAAGGCAUCGGAAUAAUGAAUAUUGAACUGGCUGUAACAUGAAUAGUUAAGCCGUACUGUGUUGACUGCUGAUUGCACAGUUCUUAAUUCGUAUAAUCGUCUGUAGCAAGGGGCCGUGUGUUUUUUCUUUCACUUUUUGCUAAAACUGACAUGCUCUCUAAAAUUCCAAAAGUGCGUGUUGGUUAUUUUUUGCUGCUUUACUGCAUGGUUUCACAAAACGAUUCCAGCGCGGACUAGUUUACUAACGCUUUCACUUCAAUUUUAUUUCUUCUUUUAACAGGACAACGGUCUUACGCCGUUGAUGUUAGCAGCCCGCGACAACAAACACAACAUUGUCGAAAAGCUUCUUGAAUUGGGGGCUGUGGUUACUGACCGAGAUAAGGUACGUUUUUUCGGUAACGCUUUUUUGCCAACAGAAUUCAUUUUUUAAUAAUAAGCGAACGCCGUCAACUUAGCUGUCGUUUUGUCAGCUUUUUCAUAUCAAAAAAACUGACUUUUUCCCCUCAUAUUCUAAUUACGGAACUGAAAGAUUUAUCGCAGAAAUUCUUGAGACCGGUUAUGAAGUUUGUUAUUCCAGUACAGUAUGUAUGUUAAAGAUCGAGUCGUGAUUCUAAACACGGGGAAGAUUUUCCAAGCUUUUGUGUAUUGCGGGUUUUCGUUGUUUGAUAUCCUUGCUAAUUAGGACUGCAAAUGGAAAAAAGUUAGCAUUCCGUAGUGGUUUGUGUUGUAAGUUAAAAUUAAAGCGUUUUUAAAGGUUUCGGUGAUACAUUGCUGUAAACAUUUACCGGAAAUUUGGUAUUUUUUUGUAUUUUUCGUGCCUCAAAUUUCAUAAAUUAUAAUGAUGCACUUUUUGUUUGCUUCGUUGCCUUUGUUUUAAGUUAUGCUUGAAAAAAAGAACGCCAAAAUUGAAUUCCUUACAUCAACACAGCUGACCCUAAGUCAAAGAAAUCAGCUUCUCUAAAAAGCAUUGGAAAAUGUAUAUAGCCGACGGGUUUUAUUCCAUAAAGUCGAACCUCUACUUCUGUUAAUAAAGAUUCUUGACAAGUUACUUGUUAAUUAAGACCAAAAAUGCGGUGUACCGCAAUUUAACUCGGUACUUCAAUUUAAAUGUGAGGUUCAAAUGUUUAUGUCGUAUGUAAUUUUAAUCUCCUUCGCAUAAUUUAUCCCUGGAUAGCCGUUCUUACUGUUAAUAUUGACAUAUUAUAUUUGUUUCUGAGAAGGGAAGACUCCGCGUCUACCACAUGCUCCGUUUGUUCUUGUUUUAUCAUAGCUUCAUUAUUUAAACUCCUUUGUCUUGAGUAAAAUUUCCAACCGCGUGACAAAUUGUUUAUUACACAGCCGCAUGGAGUUACUUUAUUCCUUGGAAACCCACUUUCGCGCUUGUUCACUUAAAAGCAUCGAUCACGUGGUUUGAGCCUAAUUUUCCCCCAAACGUGUUGUUAAAUGAAACAUUCUCAAAGCUCUCACUUUCCCAACCAAAACAAAGUGUUGCAAAGUUAAAAGAAAAUUGUUGCUGAGCACCUUUGCUGGCUUUUUAUAUAUGUAUAUAUGUAUAUAAUAUAGGAUUGAAUUUUUUUGUCACCUUGGCGAUAUUCUUGUUUUAAUUCCUGUUGGAUUAGAUGCAAGCUUCUGAAAAAUCGGCUAUCAUUGUGCGGUACUUAAUUUUCUUUUCCUUCUUCAUAAAAAGCAAAGUAUUCUUUAUAAUAACUUUCUUAUAGUGAAUAAAAGGUAAGAAUCUUUUGCGCUAUUUUAAAUACGUAACGGAAAGCCGUCUUGCAAGAAACGGAAUAGAUACCAUUUGUCGAUGCUGUUAGUUUUUUUAGGUUUGUCAUUAAAGAAAAAAACACCUUUUGAUGUACAUUUGUAUUUACAUGACAGCCUUGCCAUUCUGUGACAGUUUAUAAUAAAUUGUAGCCGUUUGAGUUACUUUUUAGCGACAAAAAGUAUCCGCCUUUUGAAAAUAUGUUGUGUGUAAUGGUCUUUCAGCGAAAUGAAAAAUCACUCCGUUUGCUAGCGAAGAACGCAAGAAUAAUGAUUUGUUUACUUAAACUCUUCUACUUUCUUUUUAUUAACUACUGCAGAAUGGACAUUGGUACCUGAAACACCUGCGGUAAAUAUUGCUUUUAACGCCGAGACCUGAGCUCGUCUAAAAUAUGAAGUUUUAAUCGAUAAUGAACUAGAUGUUAUAAGCUACAGAAGUAAAAUGAGAUUCUUAUCUCGUUCACUCGUAGUUUUUUUUGUUAAUUUUUGUUUUUGUUUUGUUUUGUUUUUUACCUCAAAAUUACUUCCAUGAAGAAUUAGAUUCGGUCAAUUUCUUGGAAUCUACAAAAACCCUAACUGAUAAUCUUUCCCUGAAAAUGACCUGUAGUUAGUAGAUUUAACACUUCUUAAAUUCCUUUUUGUCGGUCAAAUGUUAAGUGAACUCCGCGGUUUAACAUUAGUGAUUUUAAUUUAUUGGGGGUUGAGUGGUGAGAGAUAAAAGCUUUUCUGCUUAAGCAAAAUUUCACAUUUGAUUGAUAAAUCAAGAUGUGCAUGGAGCGGAAAAUCAUGAAAUCCAGAAAACCUUUUCCUGUUUAGGCUGAUGAAGACAAAAUUCGCUGAUUUCGUGUACAUACAUACAGUGUUAGUUUUAUCUUCGAGAAAAUCGCUGGGUGAUAAUCAAAAGUAACUACAAACGGAAGUAUAUUUUGUUGAAGGUAUUUGUUCAGUUUGGAAGUCCGACAUCAAUAUUUUUCCAUGCACCUCACAAGAAACCUUUCUUGCGCGUGCAGAAAAUCGUCGGGUAUUUUCACUAUAAGAUUAAAAAAUACAGUUCAUUAUAAGGCAAUAAGCUCAAUAAAAAGUCUUUUUGGCCUGAAAAUUUGAUGUAAUUACUGAUGUUCUUAAUGUUCUUUUUUUUUGAGAUCCUCUGUGCUAUUGUGCUUAUAAUUUUAGGUACCAAACGCUUCCAGCAGACUUAAAACGUUUCAUGAGCCGAGCGUUUCUUUUAAUUUGGAGCGGCUCAGCUGAGAAUUUUGACCGGCUCUGAUUCAGACGCCGAACUUUUCAUGUGCCGAACCUGGUGUUUAACUGAUUAUUACAUGUUUGGCAAGAGCUCAUAUAUUUUUUUUUUUGCCCCAAGCUCUAUAGAGUGUGGUGCCUGAAUCCACAGGCAUGCUUUUAAGCGGCCUAAAUUUGAAUCAUUAUAAGCUCCGCGUCUUAACUGGGCAAUUUAAUUCUCGAUGGAUUUCCCGGCUUUACCGCUCUUAGUCAGUUAAAAGUUUGAUCAAACACCAAUUCCGGCAAUCUGUCUCUGUUCUCCGUCAGCAGAAUCUCACGCCUUGUCUUCGUCUCUGUCAUUUCAACAGUAGAAAAGAGAUCUCUUAAACCACACUUGUCGCCACUUAGUGCGGCACUGUUCAAACUCUCUUUUCCAAGGUAGAUAUUAUUAGCAACUUUCAUGCCUGAUAAAAUAUCUUUCCAUUUCAAAUCCGCUAAAGUUGUCUUUUCUAAAUUUUUCGAUCUUUGACUCUGAUAUUUUGAAGCGCCGUUUUCGUUUUAAUUUCUAAAGUUUAUUAUCUAGAACAAUUAUAUUUAUAUUUGUCCUUGAGCUCCAACUGAAAAAGAUGAUCCAUCAUAUUUUGAGCCGAAUCCCUGACGUGGGGAAAAAAUAAAACAAAGCAAAACAAAUAUCAUUCAUUACGUCUUGUCGUUUUGCCUUUCGUUUCCUGAAACUUUUCAAUUCACGUUUGUCAGUUGUCUUUUGCUAUCAGAACUUUUCAAACUUACUUAGUAAAUGAGCAAAGGCAACGUCAGCCAAAACUCAAACAUGAAAAACAACUCGUACUGUUUCGUUAGAGCCCUGUUGUUGAACAAUAGAAACUUUAUCUCUUGGGUAAAACCUUGUCUAGCAGAUAGCGUUUGUUUAAAUCAUGCAUUUCACUUAUGCGCAGUGAUUAGACUAUAUCUAGGCUAUCUUUGAUCAGCUAUGAAAGUUCAUCAGCUGCUUUGUCUAAAAGUAUUCACGGAGUAACCUUUUUAUUAAAGAAUUUGUGAACGCGUGAUUGAAUCUCAGCGUGCGAUAAUUUUUUUGCAAUAAAAUGCUCAAAAAAGUGCACUCCAUAUAACUGAUCAGAUCGCGCCCCUUGUCAGCAGAGCGUGCAUUAUCGAGGUAUUUCGCGCAGAUAUGGACGUCAUUUUAAAAAAUAAAGCAAACUAAGUAGUUCCAAUUGUUUCUUGGCCCUUUUAGGACGUCAAGGGGAAGGUUUAAGAUGCGGAUUUUUUCUCCUUACCUUUGAUAAUUUCUUCUCCUGAACCACCAAUGACUAAAAGUAUAGAGAUCUUUAUUGAUAGACUGAGCAUCAGGUUUUUCUAUAGACUUUCGAAAAAGUCCUUCGUCUACGGUCCGCGACUUCGUCGCUUGCUCGGCCCUUUCGUGGCCUAAAGCUAGCUCCGCUCGCCCUGUACUAUGAGAGUGAAACUCGUCAGGUCGACUUGUGGCAAGUCUACUUUUUCUAUUGAAACGCGAGGGAAAAGCAUUCAAAUCUUCUCUUUCCCUAACCCAUAAGGAAUGCCUGAUGCUUAGGUUAAGAUAUGUCUUUCAUUUUUUUUAUUAACUAUUUGCUAUGGAUUAAAGCUGACUUAUAUUCUUGUUUUUAGGGAGGCCAUUCCGCUUUACAUUAUGCCGCAUUUUCAGGCUCAGACGGAAUUGUUAAACUUCUUCUCUCCAAAAAGGCGGAUGCUACUCUUACGGCAGGGGUAGGCUUUUUAGAGUUUGCCAGAAACUUGACUGUCAAGGUUGCUUCCCCUUUCCCCUCCCCCUCGCCCAUCCCCACCCCUCUUCUGUGCCUCAGUGGCGAGAGCACUCGCCAAUGUAGCCUGGGUUCGAAUCCCCAAGGCAACGCUAUAUGUGGGUUUAGUUUGUUAUUGGUACUCGCCUAUGUCCCAAGAGAAUAUUUCUGCGAAUACCCUAGUUUCUCUCUCUCCUCUAUCAUAAGCGCAAAGAUGCAUUUCAUCUUUGGUUCUAAGAUUAGAGUAACCAUGGUUUAGUCACGUUGUUACGUCUUACCAUGUGUUUGUAUUGUGUUUUUCCCAAUUGUUUCUUAGCCGGAGGAACAACUACCCCUGCACAUGGCCUGUAGCCGCCCCUCUGGUGCAGUGGAAAUUGUCAAAACGCUACUGAAGCCUUCUGGGAAGGAUGCCAAACUAGCUACUGAUAAGGUGAUAAAGGGUGACUUGGUUAAGAAUUUAUCCUCCCUUAACUUCCUGGAUCGUCCAACUACUUUCAAGGGGUUUUGUCAUGGCAGUCUAGUCUAGUUUGUUUCGAACAACAACUCGGCCCUUUGUCGCUACGGAACUUAACGUUAGCAAAGCAAUUACUUGUAAGAGACAAAACCGUACAACUUCGUGAUGAACAAGUACGUCUGCCAAGUAUCAUGUUUAAAGUUAGAAAUAACGGAUAUAAACUUUGAAAAACUGUCAAAAGAACAAGGUUUCAAACAUCUGCGAUAGCAAUCCGUUUUCAUCUUUUUUAGUUUCUUCAUGAAUUCGCAGUCUUAUUGAAACCUUCCUUCAGUGUUUUAAAUUUUCAAGCUUGUAUAUUUCGCUGAAUUUGGCGGCCAGCUCCGUUUGUCUAAAUUUAAGUUAAUUUCGUGGCGGCCUAGGCGUCAUUCAUGUUCCUCAUUAGAAUUUACAUCAGAAAAUUUUCAGUGUCCGUUAGUCAUUAGUGCAUAUUUUGCGCAUUCUUGUUCAUGAAUAUUGCUGAAACGUGCCUGUUCGUGAACCAUGUUGUUGUUCUUAAUUCUAGAAUGGAUCCAUACCGCUGUAUUUUGCUGUCAUUGCUGGAAAUCAACACGUUGUGAAAGAACUGCUCAGCUCACAAGCAGAACAACAAGUCAAAGUCACCAGAGGGGUGGGUACAAACUUAACACUCUUAUGUUGCUUAUUGGACCUCGUAGCUGGUAGUUGUUUCGUUGUUGUUGUUUUUCGAGACGGGUGUGCACAACGGAGUGUAAUGCCGGCACCCUUUUAACACACUGAACGUAAAAACAAGAUCACAAAGACUAAAAGGAACGAUUAGCAUAGUUGGUUAUUGCGCGGCCUUCUGUGCGGGAGCUGGUACCGAGUUCCAGUCCCCUUUGUGACCGACCUCAAAUCUUUCUUUCGACUUCUUUCCUUUUCGUGUAACACUGGCGGAAAGUGAGGGAUUAAAUGAGCGCACAGUUGGUCUCAGGUUUGUUAGUCAGAUGACUAUUUCGAGCUACCGGCAUAAAAUAUGGACUCUUUCUUUCACAUUUACCUUUAGCAUUGUAGGACACACCAAACUGUACGUUACAAUCUAACAUACCACCCUUGAUCAGAGUCAAGAGACGGCCUCGUCGCGUAAUACCGUUAUGGUAGCGUUUUCCGGUCUCAUAAAACAGCUAAAUAGAAAUAAUUUUUGCUUUUACCCCUUGUGGCCAAACAUUUUUAAGGUCUUUAACUUGAAAUAUAUUAUUACAACGCUAGCUUCAUGUAUGACCAACUUUCUAAUGUUUAUAACUAGCAAGAAAUACCCGGCGAAAUCUGAUCACAGUGGGUUAAUUUUUAGCGACAUCCAAAUUAAGAUUAAUUGAAGUUUCAGUGGGAUGGUUACUUAAACCAAAGAAUAUCAAUUUAACGUAUCCAGACGCACAAGUAACCUUUCAUAAAUACGUUCUUAUAUGUCUCAUCAGGAUAUCAAGGAUACUGUUCUACACGCGGCUGUUAAAAAGAAGGACGUUGACAUCGCGAAGAUUCUUGUGGAAUGUGGCUGCCCCGUCGAUAUACAGAAUGUAAAUGCAAAGUUUUAUCUUGUGUUUCUUUUAAAUUUGCCAAAGUAAUCCCCACAAUUCUUUUGGGUAAGUCUUUUUAUUCUUUCAUAACAGGCCGAUGGACAGACAGCUCUUCACAUUGCUGCUUACGAAGGAGAUGAGACCAUGAUAAAAUUUCUUCAAACGGCCAAAGCUGACGCAAAUAUCGCUGAUGCAGUAAGUUAUCGAAUGAAAGUGAUUACAGGUGCAUGAAGAAAAUGGCAAGAAGGGCGAGAAAACUGUAAUCGAUAAAAACAAAGAGCUGAGGUUAACACCCAGACAACUCUAAGUAUAGUACAGUAAAGCACGAAAUGACCGGGAUUCUGGUCAUACGCCACGGGAAAACUAACCUGUUUUAGGCGUUCAGAGAGUAAAGCGCGGAAGAAAAAUUGACGAAGAAAAAAAGAAGGAGGGGAGCCUCGUUUUUUCCCUUGUUUUCCUGCGUGUGAUUUAACUCGCUCCUCAUCAUCUGAACGCUGCGCUCUACUAUCUAAAAGCCUGGAACAGGCUACGGGAAAACAAGUUUUUGUUAAAACGUGCAUACUCUACGUCUUGGCCGACUGAACCAAAACUCAAAACAAAUGGAUUGGAAUUCAAAACUUUUUAUCGUGCGUAAAAUACUCAUUUAGUCGAGGAAGAGAGCAUUAGCUGUACAACUUGCUAUAAGUAUACAUUAACAGGAAAAGACUGCAUGCAUGUAGUGUGACAGAGAAUUUUUUACUUGACAGCCUAUUGUUUACAUGAUUGUUUGCUAUAAGUUACUAUGUUUAAGCUGAGUAGAAAAAGAUGAGAGCAGACUCAGCUAUAACGACAACUAAGUGGAGACGAAAAUGAUUUUUGAUCUUGGCUGUUGAUUUUUAAAGGAAAUAGCCAUGGCUCAGUUGUUUUACUACUCGCGGAUUUCUUUUGCUUUAGAACGACCGCACACCACUGCACUUGGCGGCUCAACGUGGUCAUUCUGCUGCCGCUGAAUUCUUAGUGGACAAACUAAAAGCGAACGUGAACUUGAGAACAAAGGUAAGGUCGGUAUUUGCCAUUAUUUCUAUUACGGUAGGAAGGAUCUUUUUCCAAAAUUGAUGCUGAGAGAAAAUUUGAUAAGCGGACAAUUAAACCUCGUUACACCGCCAGUAACAAAACGUUUCUGGAUUAAUGUUCUCUAAGUGUUUAAAGCGCAAAGGCUUGAAGACCAGAGGUUUUUCAAAUGUUGCAAACAAACAACAUUCGAUGUAGCUUUCACUUUGUAGAACAAAACAACAUCAACUGGCUGGGAGUUGAGCUGUUAGCUGUUACAAACGUUCUCGAAAAGUUGGGCUCGAAAUUAAGCCCAGCUGUGUUCAAUGCGGAAACGCAACUCGCGUCUUCUCGGUUCAAGUCGAGUGUAAUGUUCCCCCUCGACGACUCAAACGGUCUCCUGUACCCUUAGGCCGAGCGCGGGUGACUGAGUCUUCUUACUAAUAAGCAUAAAAAAGUUGUUAUUUUCUAUUUUGGGAUGUUCCCUCCUUCAAUUUCCAAAAGAUCAUUUGAAAUAUUAACUUAAAGUUGUUUUCAUUUUUUGCAGGACGGUAGUACUCUAAUGCAUAUUGCUUCACAAGCUGGUCAUCCCGACACAGCACUCGUGUUCCUCAAAAAGGGCGUGCCCCUCCACAUGCCCAACAAGGUAAGUACCGGUAUCAAGAAUAUAGUUCCUGGGCCAAGGCACCAGUCUAACGCCGCAACCCUUGUCUGUUUAUUUGAUAGGAGGGUGCAGUUUGUCUCCACGCUGCCGCCAGAAGAGGUCAUGUAGGUGUAGUAAAAGCGUUGCUGUCAAAGGGAGCUUCAGUGGAUACAAAAACCAAGGUGGAGCUUUGAUUUAAUGCCUCACAGUACAGCCUUUGUCUUUCAGCAGAACGUGGAUGAUUUUUAAUUGGUUUCUCAUAAUAAUUUCUUGUACACUCAGGAUCAUUAUACAGCACUGCAUAUAGCUGUCAAGCACUGUAAGCCACAGGUUGUUCAGAUUUUACUGGGAUAUGGCGCCAACGUACAACACAAGGGCGGCAAGGUGACUAGUAAAUAUUUACACUACUCCACUCCCCUAUCUGUACUAAGCUCUACACUACCCCCACAGCAAAAUCUCAUUGUUAAGUGUAUGAUUAUGAUCUUUCCUUUGUGGUAGAACUGUCCGCGUUUUUCGCGCCUUAAAAUUCAGUUAUUGUGUCUUAAUUGGUAAUGGGUUCAUGAUAACCGUCACGAAUAUAGAGACAUUAAGUGACCACUAGGUGACGGUUAUCAUGAACCCAUUACCUCUUAAUUACAGGCGGAAGAAACACCAUUGCACAUUGCAGCUCGAAUCAAAGAUGGAGAGAAAGUUGCUGAGAUGUUGAUCAAAAGUGGAGCGGAUGUGAACGCUGCUAGUGAUGUAAGAAAAAGUGUAUUUUGCCGUUCAUGCCAACAAACACAAUUUCUUCUUAAACCGGUUUCUCUCGUUAUCUUCAGAAUGGUGAAACAGCUGUACACGUCGCGGCGAGAUAUGGGAACUUGAAAACGUUGAGACUUUUAAUCAACGAAAAGGCAGACACUGCAAGAAGAUCCAAGGUAAUCGCUAAAACAAUUCCCCUUAAUUUGUAACUUUUUGGUUGCUGUUUUUGGUUUAUAGAACAGGACUUUUUUUCGCGCUUUCGUACUGCUGCACAACAGCGUUGUUGGGUGCGCUCGGGCGGGUUCCUUCCUCUUGCUUGUCUGGCGCUCGUCCCCCAGAACCCGUCUGAGCGCCCCCAGAAACGCCUGUUGUGCAGGCUAACUUCUUCGUUCCAAGAAUAAUAGUCUGUUUUCCGAUUCAGUUUUAGAAAAGUGAAACUUGCACAAAAUUGAUUAAGCGAGAACAAGUGAUACACGUAUUAGUAUUAAAGUGUGUGGAUAGCGAAUGUUGUUAAUCCCCGUUAGCAGUUAUCUUUGGACAUCCAACGAAAAACUUUAAACAACACACACACACACACACACACACCUCAAGGCGUAAAAGUUUUUGUCAUAUUUUGUUUUGUUUGUAGAACGGCGAAUCUGCGCUGCAUCACGCUAUCUGUGCCGGGCAUUACACGGUACUGAAGGAACUGGUGCAAGUUCUGUUCACAGUCAAGUCUAAGCCUGUUGCCAAACUGGUUGUUAAUAUGCCAACUGAUGUGAGUCAGAAAUGUAUUUAUUUAUUUACUUAUUUAGUCAUAUGAUUAACAAUGUUAUGAUAAUGUAUUAAAAACGCUUAGAACCAACGGGCUUAUUCCUCUCCAGUGAGUAAACAAAAUAAAACAAGGUGAAGGAUUGGGUAAACAAUUUCCAACAAAUCACUGUAUUUUAUCAACCUAAUCCUUGACUUAAUACCUUUACCCACGGCAAUGGCGAAAAAGGUCUAAUUUCUUUACAAUUCUUUAACUUUGGGUAAAUAGUAGUAGACUGUGAGCAGUCUUCUUUUUCUUCAGAUUUAGCAAGGGGAAAGCACGCGCGUGCGAGCGUUGAAGCUGCGAGACCGUGGUCAUUUUUGUGUCUCGCGCAUUUCGCUCGACGUACAAAGAAAAAAGAGAGCCUGCUUGUACUUCUAAAAUAGUAAUACUAUAACUAUAUUAGUCUGGCUGACAAAUAAUGGGUAAUUGCAGAAAGGAGAAACUCCCCUACAUUACGCAGCCCAGCUUUCCAAGGCCAAGGUCAAAGAAACUGAGGAUAUCGACAUCGUAAAUCUACUUCUUGAACACGGUGCCGACUGUACAGCGGUAACGCAUCAGGUGCGUGUUACGAUAUUUAUGUCAUGUGGUGUUAAUCAAGUUUACUCUUUCACUUGUACAACAAAACCUUCAAUAAAUCAAUUUGCUUUUUAUAUGCAACGUUAAGAAAACAAUUAAUUAAUGUUUACAGAUAUUUAUGAAAUCACCACACAUGGCUCAAAUCACUUCCAUUAUUUUCCUUUAUAGUCCAUGGAAACACCAAUCCACGAGUGCGCACGCUCAGGAAAUAACGACAUCUUGAUUGCUUUACUCGAGUCCAUUCCUUCCUCUAAGCUUCAACUCACGGUUAACAAAAGAUCUUCGGUAAGCUACUCUCCAGUCACGAAUACAACUUAAAAUUCCUUGUUGUCGAGUUUGCCUGGCUCCAAUGUUUUUUCACUGUUGUGCCUGUUUCAUACUUUCUCUGGCUUAAUCGUCAAUCUCCAAUGUUUCCACCGUAGAAGUAGUCAAUCGACUCUUUUAAUCAGCCUUGAGGAUAACUAGCGGAGUUAUAUGAUCUCCGUAUCGUUGCAGGUUAAAAUCAGAAAGAAGUGGCGUUUCAAAGGGAUGGAAACGAAUUCAAAUCACUCUUAGUAACAUGAACAACUUCUCCCAUACCAGCACUUUAUUAUUGAACUUCACGCCCUCCAAUCUCGUGUCUCGCAUCGUAAUGCUGGACUCCAUUUCAAAGGAAUUACAGUAGAACCCCAAUAACUCAAACUCCCCGCUAACUCGAACUAAAUACAAUUUGCCUUGGUUCUCACCCCCUUUUCAGUCUGAUUUUUACCGGGUUAACUCGAACUCGGAUAACUCUAAUUCCCCUCUAUCUCGAAGUAAAUUUCCUUUCCCUAGAUCAAAAAUUCACUGAAAAUUACCCUGAUAACUCGAAUUCUGGUUCUUGUAACUCUGCUCGGAUGCCAGCGGAUUUAGCUCUUCUUGUUGUAUAAUCAGUAAAAACACUAAAACCAAUACUGGUUAACACUGCAGAAAUUUGAUUUUAAUUGGUGCAGCGAACUAAUCACGUUAUAUGAUAAAAUUGAAAUUCCUAAUCAUGUUACCGCGUUCUGAUGAAAUAAGUUAAACUUGCUCUACAGUAACACGAUACACUGAAGUGCUGAAAAAUCAGUAACGAUCAAUUUUUAACACUGAAAACUGAAUUUUACGAUCGACCCCGUUAACUCGAACCCUUGGGUAACUCGAACUGUUUUUCGUUUCCCUUCAGAGGUCGAGUUACCGGGGUUGUACUGUAUCUGCUUUAGAACUUAAAAGGUUUAGUCUGGUUUCAAUUGGUUAGGUUUCACAUUACAGUAUUUUGUGUGUGUAUCUUGUAUUACAGGGAGGUUCAUCGCCGCUGAUUGUUGCCUCACAUAAAGGGAACGUGGAAGUUGUGCGCACUUUGCUCAAGUAUCACGCCAGAGUAGAUGUGUUCGAUGAGGUAAACUCUGCGUUAUAGAAUCUUGAAAACGAACUGUACAAAGUGAAAUUGCUGUUAAAUAGCUUUCAACUGUAUAACUUCACUUGCAAAACUUGCGAUAUGCUCUGAAAACAGCCUUCCGUACGGACAAUAAAGCCACCAGUUAUUCAUCCCAUUAUUUAACUAGGAAGUUUGAGAGACGUAAAGGAGUAAGAAUGGGAAUGUUUUUUAAUAAUUCAAAAGUUGACUGUAUUUGAAGGUAAAUUUAAAGAUACAUCUUACCGCAGGCUAUGUUUAUACUAUAAUACCGGAUAGCUUUUUUCCCCGGCAUGAAAACCAUACCGGGCUACUGUUAACACACAACAACAUGUACAGUGUUUUCGGUGUGAUUUUUGUAACGAAGCGAAGGCUGCGCCGCGCCGACGCUAAGCUUGAAAGUGGAUCAUUACAUAUCGGAUAGAUCACUCUUCCUCGCAGUCAGGUGUGAACAUGUAUUUGGACCGUAGUGGAAGUGAAUGAAUAGGAGCAAGGACUGGAAACCACUGAGAAGAAAAUCAAGACGCUGUCUCGGGAGUCGGGAGUGAGGAUUGCGAUUUAGGGCACCAAACCCUCUCGGCCAACCUCUCCGGUGCAAUGUUCGAUGUGUGCGAACCACUCGUUCUAGUUCUGUGCCGUCGCCGUUCAUACUGUACUGGAUAGCGUUCGUUUAGGCACCAAAAGCUAUCCUCUCUUUGGUUGAAUGAGUGAACUAAAAUACUUUUGAAUGCUGAGUUUUAGUGUGUUUGCGAACACGGCUUGAGAAAAGUUGUACUCAAUUUCUGCCUUCUUUUUAUUUGAUUCCUCAGUCCGGCCGAGCUGGCCUACAUGUGUGCGCCGAACGUGGUCAUCUUGAAGUCGCUCAGGAGCUGCUUGAACAUAAGGCUUACGUGAACGCGAAAAGCAAGGUAAACGUGUAGUGCGUAUCAUUCACAAUUCACUGCUGUUAGUGGAACAUUGCUCAUACAACCUUUGCUUCUUAAUCUUCAGCGAUUAACUGACAUCGCCUACGUUUAGCUGCACAACCCUCUCCCAGUCCCUCCUCGGGGCAAACAUCUUGCACUAAGCAAUGUGCUUACCCACCUAUUUGGUGCCUUUCUCUUAUCGGUGCCAGAGAGUUAGUUUUUGCGCUUUCUUUCCGUUCUAGGUACUCUUGCUCCAAGCCAAGGUGUAUAUCAAUGGACCUUAAAACGUUAAAUAUAUUUUUUAUACACCUUUAAGUUUUGCCCACUGCUGUUCAUUUUACCAAACUUACGGGAGCAUCAUCACUUGUUAGUUUUGUUUUUUGUUCCUUCUUGAAUUGGAAUUUGCAAGUGUUUUAUCAGUUGAACACAAAGUUGUUAUAGGUACAUUUAUUGCAGCUGUGAUGAGGCUGAAUAAUUGAACUCUAGAUAACGACACAUGUUUAGUGUUGUAGACUCAUCAUUUACGUCAGAUCCUUUCCUUAUGUGUACAGUAAGGAAUUCUUCUCUCAUCAACUGUCUGUGUCCCAUGCAACGAUAUGGGCCUGAUCGAAGGACCCCAGUCCAAACUCCUUUUGUUCUUUCUCCACUGUUCGUCUCAUCCGUACCUCCCUAGAGCUCCCUCUCUUUCUCUUGCCUUCUGGUGCCCAUGUACGCGAUGGCGGUACGUGGAAUAACUUUUUCCUGCAUCUGUAGUAACAUGACCUAUGUACUACCACCGUCACAAUCCUUUUCACUUGUGUACGGAUAAGCUCUACUUUUGCCUUUCGUCUUACCACUUCAUAACUCACUUUUAUUGGGCAGUAGAUCUUUAAGAUCCUUUUGAGACACAAAUGUUGGAAGGUGUCUAGUUUGUUUUCAUCGUCCCUAAUAACGCGGCAGGUCUCAGAGCCACAUAGCAGAACAGCAAUCACGUUAAAUUUGAAAAUUCAGUCCUUGGUAAGACUAGUGAUUGAAAAGCUAACGUUUCGAGCACUAGUCCUUCGUCAGAGCGAUUCUUUCUGAUAAAGAAUCUCUUUGUUUUGGUAAAUUUACUUUAUCAACUUACAUGAAAAAAAACACACACUAAUAUUUCGUUUCUCCGCAACCGACACAAGCACUUUGGUCUGUUCUGAAUCUUUUAACCUCUUUUUUUUCUUUUCAGGUUGGACUCACACCUCUUCAUCUGGCGGCAGAAAGUGGACAUAAAGAACUAGUUGGUCUCCUUGUUACGAAUUACAAAGCAAGUGUAGAUGCUUUGACUCUGGUGAGAUCUUGUUAUUCUCAGAUCACAAUUCCUUCCAUAUUUCACCCAAACUGAUAUAACCUUUGCUUUUGAAAUAUACCAGCUCUUUCCGUGCUGUUUCAUGUUAUAGCACUGACGAUGUUGGGUGAAAAGUGUUUUUUGUGGAUAGAUUUGCAGGCGAAAUUAAUUGAACGAAUGUAAACAAAAUUUUAACAGGAAAAGAAGACAGCCCUGCAUUUGGCUGCAGAAAAAGGUCGAUUACAGGUUUGUGAACAUCUGUUGGAGCUACGAGCCGACAUCUGCGCGCUGGACAAUGUAAGUUAUAUAUUGUCUGAUUCAUUAAAUUGUAGAACUGAUAUCAGUGGUUUGCAGCUGUUUUUGGGUGUGGAAUGUCUAUAACCGAGGUGAUGGGGAGAUUGUAGCGUAGACUGAACGUUAUCAUCCAUUUACAAAAAAUGACCAAGCUUCACCAGAGUUACGAAAGUGAUCCGACAGAGAUCUCCCAAUGUUUCGUGGUUAUACACUGUUUGUAUUGAGAAACGUAACCUGUCCGAUGUUUAUUGUAUUCAUUAGUGAGAGCUCAUGUUACUUAAUCUACAGCCUUAUGAUAUGUUGACAUGAUAUUUCAACCAAUAAUAUUUAAAUAUAUGUGAGAAAAAUUUACCUCUGAAUACUCUCUGUGGCAUGCUGUGUUGUUUUGGAACGCACUGCAGGCCAGUCAAGGUGUAAAAGAAACUCCAACAAAGAAGUUUUCCUUUGCCAAUAAAGGUUAUUUAUUUUUCUUACUUUUAUUCACAGAAAGGACAAACACCUCUUCAUUACGCUGCACAAAAUGAUCAUUCACAGGUGGUGACCCUGUUCCUUAACCAUAAACCUGGCGUAAUGAUGCAACAGAAUGCGGUAGGUAACAGUUAACUUGUGCCACAGGUAACCCAGCAAAGGGUAAGCUGGGGUUGCCAGCAUAGGAGUAGCGCACAGCGUAAGCUGUGGCCGGCUAAUUUUGUCUGGUCUAAUGAUGGCCUGUCACCACUAUCGCGUAAAGAAAUGACUAGUGAAAUGACAAAUUGCUUUAAGAACCUUCUUGGAAGCAGAACCCAAGGCAUGGAACCGGUUGGCAUCAUUCUCUAAACAAAUGAUAGCAAUUUAUUGUGUAAAAUUAGCUUUCACGUUUCAUCAACAUGUUGUUCAUGAGGUGUAUCAUUAGAUGUUAAGAGAACCACACAUUUUUUUGACAUUUGUACUUCAUAUUGUAUCAAGAGAGGAUAAGGCGUCCCUUGUGGAUAUGUAAGUUAUUUUGUUGUGGAUCUCACUGAUAUUUUAAACAACGCAGUUUCUGUAGUAAGUGCUUUCUAAAAAGGAUUCUCUUGCUUUUGUUACACAGGAAGGAAGUACGUGUGUGCACAUCGCAGCAAUGAAAGGCAGUGUAUCGGUGAUGAAAGAACUUCUGAAAUUCAAUCCUUCAGGAAUCACGACAGCAAGAAAUAAGGUAAAUGGAAAACUGAUUCUCUUCCCUUACACAGAGGUUACAGCCAUUCUCUGUGACGCAAUAAACAUCACCACCGGAAACUGAGUUUGCUGUUUAUUAGUUAGGACAGAAGAAGCAUUUGUGGUGGUUGGAAAAGUUGGCAUAAUUUUUUUAGUGAACUUCCAUUGACAUACUUUAAUUCUAUUAACAGCGUAAAUUCGCUACGCCCUUAUUACUUGCGGCCAGCGGAGGACAUAAAGCUGUUGUGGAAGUGUUGAUUGCUCAUGGAGCCUCAGCAAGUGACGAAGAUGCGGUGAGUAGCAGAUCCAAUACUGAGUUUAAUCUAAAAAACAAGACGUUCUUAACUCGAGAUAUGAUGUGGACGAUUUAUCCCUCACUACAGUAGGCCGACGCGCAAACAGGCCCUAAUAAUGAGCUUCUCACUCACUCCAUAAAAAAAGUCUUACUUAUGCCCAUCUCUUUCUUAUCAAAGGACUUUCGGGCAAACGUUGGCGCAAGAAAAAUCGCUAUAACUAAACGUGUUUGUUUUUUGUUCCCCUUUGUCCGCAUGUAGGACGGCAUGACUGUUCUUCAUCUGGCUGCGAAAUUUGGUCACGUGGACGUGUUAGAAGUUUUACGCGGGAAAGUACCUUGGAGCAUGGCGAGUGUCAAGGUAAAGAUGCUUAUUUACUGCCGUGUUUUUAUUCGUAAUCAGUCUAGACCUUAAGCAAAUGUUGUACUUCCUUGGGCUUUUAUACGACGAGCCGAAAAGUGUUAAAUAUGUAAGUAAAUAAACGAGGUGGAAAUCACUUUGUGCUAUAGAGCAAGCGAAAUAGCUGUUGCGCUUGUAACAUAUGAGGUCAAAUCCUGUAAUCGUGAGAUAAUCAGAUUGGAUGAUACUGGUUCCCCCAUCCCACAUACCUGACUCUCUCUCUCUCUCUACAAUUUUUCACACUGAACAUUUUGGCCGUGACCUCAUGAAGCCAAUUACCUUUUUGUCUGGCAUCAGUCUAAACACCACGUGUAUUAAGUUGACUGACCCUCAGAGUAACAGGGACUCCGUAUCACAACAUUAUGAAUUGAUUCUCUCUUGGUUAAUAUAUAUUGGUCAGGAAAUUAUUAAGUCCUUGCAAAAUGCCCAUAAUAUUCGCUUGAGAUUGAAAUAUAUUUUACUAAGCCAAAAGGUUUUAAAAAGUAAAAACACCAGACUUGAGUCAUCUUCAGGGUGAUCAUGACUUAAUUAGUCGAAAGUAUCUUUACAAAAUAUUCAGCCUCAGCUCGUGUUUAUCCUGAUUGCAGAAAUGUUGUUUGUGUGUUUGUUUUUUGUAGACUGGCCUUUCCGCUCUCCACGUAGCUGCUCAGUAUGGUCAGAUUGAAGUCGUCAGAGAAAUGCUACUGAAAGUUUCUGGAACUAUAAGAAGCGAGUCUCCUGCAAUGGUGGAUAACGAAAAAGGACCGCGCUCGGAUGUAAGUCGACUAAACAAAAACAUAUCCAGCCGCCGGAAGCAGCUGUAUUUGCAGGCUACAGCCUCUCUAAACUUUUUUUCAAAUCCAAAAGGACUUAGAGCGACUUGAGUAUUACGUCAACUAAAUCAAUAGUUACUCCUCCUUUACAAAUUAAAACAACAUUACAGCAAAUUGUAGGCCAGUACCUUUCAGCUGAAUCAGAUUAAACUCAAAAGUUAGAACCACUUUGAACAGCGUAGGAAACAUUGCCACAGAUUAUAACUACUCAGUAUCUUUCAUUUCAGCGGAGUCGCCGUGCUGUUUUAUUGCCUUUCUCUGUAGAAAUAUUGAUCAUUAUUUCACUUUUUUUCAGUAUUUCUUUACUCCGCUGCAUCUAGCCGCCCAGUCUGGUCACGUGGGUGUUGUUCGAUUACUACUGAACUCACCAGGGGUGCGUGUGGACUCAGCAACUGCUGUACAGGUAAAUAAUGUACACGUCAUGCGCUUAAUUGGACUAAGUCGUUGCGUUAAAAAGCUUCUGUAUUCAGCCCAAGGUACUGAUUGAGGACACUUUUUUACAUCUGGUUCUGGAACGGCACCGCUAUCUCUGCUAGUCAUUUUUCAUUCAAGGUUUUUCUGUGUGCCUCUAGCACAAGAACUAUAUUUUUACUGAACAAGUUCGCAGUGCGUUUGCUCAGCAGUUUUGGCCAAUAGGCUUAAGCGCUCGUUCCUGUUUGCCGCUUCGCAUUCAGAAACCAUCUUUAACUAGGGCUUGUAUUUCUCCGAUGUAGGGUUCGAUUCCUCUUCAUUUGGCAGCAGAGAAUGGUCAUUCAGAGGUUGUUAGUAUUCUAUUAAGUAAAUCAACCCUACAGCUUCAUGUAAAGGACAAGAUGGGCAGAACAGCUAUGCAUCUAUCUGCCGCCAAUGGACACCGAGAACUUAUUUCACAACUGAUAGGACAGGGCGCGGAUAUCAACGCACCUGAUGAGGUAAGUGUCGACGACCGCGUGUACGGAUGCGUUGUUCGUGUUCCGGAAAGAUAAUCCACAGAAAGAUUGUUACAUAGUCAAUCCAUCGUGGUUUUGGAAGUACAAUGAAAUGUUACGUACGUUUGAAUAGUGCACGUUUCUGCGCUGAGUGAUCCAAAAAGGCAUCCCUUUCGUUUUUCUUAUUUAAAUAAAUAAAUAAUGAUUUGGAGGUAGCACAUCCACAAAGUGGUUCUUCGUCUACCUGAUUCCUGGUCGAAUUGGAAUUUGGAAAUGUUGGUUUCUGAGGAGAGGGGAAAACCGUAGAAAAACCUCUCGGAGCAAAGGAGAGAACCAACGACAAACUCAACCCACAUACUUUGGCGUCGAUGCCGGGACUUGAACCCGGGUCACAUUGGUGAGAGGCGAGCGCUGUCACCACUGCGCCAUCCCUUGCUAUCCCCGUGCUCCCCGUCUUAUUUCAGCACAUUGUCAAUUAAUCGCGCGCGGCCAAAGAGGAACAUGUCCGUAGGGACGAACUAUUAGAAACGUUAUGGGGGCAGUUGGGAAUUUUCGAGCCGCAUGAAUUUUUUUCGUUAACAUUUCUCUUGUAUGAAUUUUUUUAGCCUAGUGCAUGAAUACUUGCUAGGAUUACUUGACGUCCAUUCAUUUAAUUUUCCCUUGCGCGAAUAUUUUUUUGUACUUCGCCCCCCAACCCCUCCCCCCCCGCCCCCAUGAUCCGUUCCUUCUUUUGCAUUAUUUAUACUUAGACCAACAGAAAAUCGGGGGGAGGGGUGAGUGAUGGAAAGUGUGGCCUGGCUUCAGGAUCGUGACGUCAUUAUUUUGGUCACCUUCCAUCCCCGUUUGAUGUUUCCCAAACUGUUUGUUUGAUUUUACACAGCCAGAUUUUAAAAAAUUAUCAGUCAAUGUGAUUUUAGAAAUCCUUGGUUUGUUUUUAGAAUGGAUAUGCACCAAUGCACAUGGCGGCCGAAGCUGGUCAUGUUGAAGUUAUAAAACUGUUGGUCGAAUCUGGAGCAUCGCCGCGGGCGGAAUCUCUGGUGAGUUGAACUGUGAUAAAAGACGGAUUGAAACGCACCAAUGACAUAACGAGUCUUCAUAGCCAAUAACAUUACGGCUUAACUGACAGACGACCAAUGACAUUUCCACUUAAUUGACCAAUCAAAUCAAUAACCAGAGUUUAUGACCAACAACUGACGUGAUACAACUCACUGUGACACUGAAGCUGACUACCGCACAAGUUGUCGAAACUUCAGUCACUGUCAACAACAACAGUCCUAUUCAGGACUACGUUCACCCGGACGAUCAUGCUCAGCCUACUUAUGUUAUGCAGAUUAUAUUGCGAAUUUUAGACUCUCGUUUAUUGUGACUGGACAAGCCAACAGAUCAACAGCUUUGGAAGUCAAAGUAUUCCGCAGUUGGGUAUUGUAAAUGUGUUGUUGAGUCACUCAUUCAUUCAUUUUUUAGUCAACUUCAACUUCAACUUCAACUUCAACUUUAUUUCAUAAGACUAUUGGUUACAAUAGACUGGCCCGCAAAAUAGCAAUUGCUAAUCUAGGCGGACCAGUUAAAAGAAAAAUAAAUUGAAAGGAAAGGAAAGGAAAGGAAAAGGAAGGAAAAACUACAAUUUUAAGUUACAAUAAAUAAUAUUCUAUCACAGUUCUUAGUAGUAUUAUUACGUUUCUUUUACUUUACAGGAGGGCAAGUUUGCUAUUUGCUACGCGGCUAUGCAAGGUCACCUUGCAGUUGUCAAGUAUCUACUACAACAGGAGCUCAGCACUGAGCGAUUGCUAGCUGACAGAAAGGUACUUAUUUCCCAAUUAUUGUAUACACGGGUCAGGUUCUAAAUCUGGUCAUUUCAGUAGCAACAGAAUCAAGUUCGUUCUACAGGAAGAAAAAGUGGACCCGGAAGUAUCUGGAGCAAAUGCACUUUUGCACAGAAAUUUUUGUUAACAUUUACCCUUCGACAAAACAAGCAGUAGAAAUAGUCCAUCUAACAUGAUAAUUCCUAAUUGAGGCUGGAACUCCAAAGAGUUGUCAUUUAAGUAACUCAUCGGUUUUUUUAACUAAAAUUCUAUCUCGACAAUUUUACGUUGUAUUUGCGGUACGUGUAGCUUCUUGCUUCUAUGAUCUUCUGUCAUAAAAGCCUAAUGGCGUAGUGCCGUUACAAUUGCUUAUUGAAAUUAAUUUUAAGUUAGCGGUGUACUAGUAUGAUUGAGUCCACAAGGCAAGCAACACAUUUGUCAUAGCGGUUGUUUUUGUUGUUUUCCCACAGUUUCUGUUCGAUUUAAUGGUUUGCUCAAACCAGAACGAAAGCGAGUCAGUUAUUGACUUCAUUCUCCAAUGCCCCGCUCCAAUCUACGCCGCGGCCAAGCUCUCUAAACACUAUCGUAACGAGUCCACGCGGGAGAAAGAACGCGCGCGGGAUUUAUUGGCUGCUGGCGAAGUUUGUGAGAACAUAGCUUCCGAGCUGCUGUCUCUCGCAUGCGCAGACAGCCCUGAAAAACUGCUGACAGCUAUUGAUGACCGCGAUGUACCAUUUCUGGAUUACCUUAUCGAGUGUGAACAGAAGACUUGCGUAUCACACCCGUCGGUUCAAGUUUACCUCGGGGAUGUAUGGCGCGGUGACUUCAAGUGGGACGACUGGAAAUACUUCUUGUUGUUUAUACUGUGUUUAAUAUGUCCACCGUUAUGGGCGUUUCUCUGCCUUCCGUGGAACGAUCGAUAUCAUAAAAUACCCAUUAUCAAGUUUAUUUGCCAUCUCAUCUCGCAUUUCUACCUCAUUGCACUGUUUAGCUUCACAGUCGUGGUCCCUUGGGAGGAGUUAACAGGUACCAGUCUCCUUCCGCGGUGGUACGAAUGGCUUUUAUUGAUCUGGUUAUCAGGAUUAUUAUUAUCUCAGCUCACGGACCCACAUGAUCGCGCAGGACUGGGCUGGAUCCCGGUCAUUGUCCUGUUCUUAAGCACAAUUGGCAUUCUGCUUCAUUUAACAGCCUUUGGUUUUCAAGGUGAUGCUCGAAUCGACGUCAUUUACGCUCGGAAUCAGUUCUUCGCGACGUCAAUGAUGCUUUGUUUUGCUCAGCUGCUGGAUUUUCUCUCAUUUCAUCAUUUAUUCGGUCCAUGGGGAGUUAUCAUCCGGGACCUUAUGUAUGACCUCGUUCGUUUCCUGGUUAUUUUGUCAAUCUUUAUGGUGGGUUUUACGGCUCACUUAGCAGCAGUGUAUCGGCCCAUGAAACAAACUGGAACAGGAAACGGACUACAACAUACCCCGGUGGAUUUCUUCCGCUGUUUUGAGCUGCUAUUUUUCAGCUUAUUUGGACUGACUGAGGUCUCAAAGCUAAAAGAACCGGAAUCCAUAGACAAUGCCACGUUUAUACUGGCAAAGGCUACGUUUGGAAUCUAUAACGUGAUAACAAUUAUUGUCCUCAUUAAUCUGCUGAUAGCGAUGAUGAGUGAUACUUAUCAACGUAUUCAAAUGCAGUCGGACAUUGAGUGGAAAUUUGGUCGCGCGAAGUUGAUUCGUAACAUGAAGCGUUCCACCACAACCCCCUCCCCCCUGAAUCUCGUAACGAAAUUCUUCUCUUACUUGCGUCUCAUGUACAAGUUGAAGUUUAAAUGUUGCCGCGCGAGUAUCAUCGACAUUAUUCGGACCGACGAACAGCUUCCCGACAGCACGUCGAUGAAUCCAUUGUACGAAACUUCAAAUACUUGGCUUCCAAACGGAGGUCUACCGCAGCAUCGAAAUAGCAGUCAAAGAAAUACUCGAAUCGAAGACGUUAUCGACUGGAAGGUCCUUGUUAAGAAGUUUUUGAUUCUAAGAACUAGCGUCAACGAAGUAGUAACGAAUACUCAAGCCACUCGCGGCGAUAAGACAUUUUCCCCUAGGAACUCACAAGUAAACCUGAGGGCAAGGACAGAGACCAUAGGCUUAGGUCGGCCAGGAACUUCAAUGGGAUCUAGUAUGUCGCUUCAUAAACUUUUCUCGGCUACAGUAAAAAAGAUUGAUGUUGUUUCAAAUAUGAAAGACGCCAACGACGCUUAAUUGGCGUAAUUUGCAAUACAACAGGAAGCGUGAUGGAAAUGGCGAGACAGACGAGUGGUUUCUUAUUUUCUUUAGGCAUAAUAGAGCGAAAGACGUAGUGACCGGGCUUAAGGUAGCGGUAGGAUACGGUCUAGAUAGUGCGGCAAGCGUGAAUUCCACGCGCGCUCGCGUAUUGUCCUCGGCCUACCACUGAUCUCUGAGGAGAUUAGUCCACGACCUCGACUACUUGUAGUCUCUGAGAAAGUGGUCUGAUGUUUUCCUACGGGCGUUUCCUCGAGCAACGCACCUGUUCGGUGUAACGGCAGUAUGGCUGCAAAUCUUGCCGUCUAAAUUCAGGUGAGGCGCAUGCAACCAUUAACAACCGAGUAAUGCGGACAAAUUUUUUCGUGCAAGAAAGAAAUUGCGGAACCAUCAUCGUCUCAUUUUAAAAUCAUGGGACUGUUAGUAUCAGUAGUAUUUAUUAUUGCGGAACUCACCGGCAUGUAGCAAAUGUUAUUGCUAUUUUUAUUUAUAAUAUCUUCAACUUAAGUGAAAUAAAGUAUCCAAGUAUGAUCUGU